AUGUUUAACCUUUGUUUUUUCGUUGUAUUAAACAUUAUUUCAACAGUCGAUAUUGUAUCAUCAGUAUCUUGUUAUAAAUGUUCUUCCGUCAAUGGUAGUGAUCCUCUAUGCGAAGAUUUCUUUCAAGAUAGUCUGGGGGAUACAGCGCCACUUCUGCACAGUCCAUGUUUAACUACUAUGCGUGGGCGGCACGGCCUUGUUCCGGCAACACAUUGCAUUAAAUUAGUCGCUCAUACCGGAGGACCUAAUCCAGUUCAAUAUGUUUAUCGUACAUGUGGUAGAGACGAAGGUGAUGAUAAUGGAAUAACUCGUACGAGUCAUUGUGGUUAUAUUAAACUUGAUUGGAUUAGUCAACAUCGACGAUUUCGCGGGUGUUUAGACAUAUGUGAUAAAGAUGCAUGCAAUCAAGCGAAUUAUCGUUCGGUUUCGAGAUGGAAAAUAAUAAUUUACUUUAAUUUAUUAUUACUACUAUUGUUUUAA